GAGUACUCAAGACCGUCGUCGUCGGCGGAGUUGAAAUCGAACUUAGCUGGCCGAGUCGCUGGCAUGAGUGUGUCGUUUCCGCGAUUGGUGGGCGUUGAAAGCGUUGAAAGUGGGUCUUUUCGUGGCGUCCGCGUUUCCUAGGUAACGAGCAGUGCAGGUCAUCUGCCUCGAGGUAACCGUCACCUGGAUCGUCUUGCGCGGCGCGAUCUUGCAGCGGAAAGUGGUGAAUGAAAGGAAGCUGGUGCGCCCAUAGUUCUCGCCCGCUGCGGCCUGAAUUCGGCUUUAGUGACUUGGCCGAGUGUCAUCGUCGGUAGUGCACGCGUUUCAGUGCCAAGAUUACGUUAUCGCGCGGCUCACCUUCGCACUAUCAAGAAUCCCCAAAGUCGCUGAUUAGAAGGUGUUAGUUGGCAAGAAAAGAAAUUCGCGGUGUUGCUUGCGCAGUGGGAGCAGCGUACGGGCCGCGGUUGCAUGAUAAAUAGCUUUAGUGUCUCCAGCAGGGACCAGGGAGGAACGCGCGGCGGUCUUUAUCGAAUUCGUGGUAUCGCUGAGUAAGCAGCCGGAAUUGGGACUAGUCACCAGCGAAUCCAGUUGGAAGCCGAUUCGUUCGAGUGCGGCGCGUAUCGAGUGGAAAUCAGGUCGCGGACCGCAAGUCGCGAGCGAAAGAAGUUAAUUGCUGGUGGUACGUCGCUCGCUGGCUUCUCGCGCAGGCCCGGGCGAACAAAGAAGUUGCGGAGCGAACGGUCCACAGUCCAGCAUCCAUCGGCCAGUGCUUCCGUGUGGCUGCAGACUCCUUGUGUGAUAUCACUCAGUGUUGCUGAUGUGCGCGGCCGCCUCCCGCUAGCCGAGAGUGAUCAUGUUGAAGGCAAAGACAGGCGAGGAGAAAAUGGACACGCUCUUGUCCAAGAGUCAAAUCCCGAUCAUCGAUCUGGCGCAUUGUGGUACGGAAGAAACGCCAGUCAAAUCAGUGGUUAUAAGGGUGGCUAGUCAACUUCACAAGGCACUUAGCGAUAAGGGAAUAGCAUUUCUAGUGAAUCAUGGAAUAUCAGAAGAAAAGUUGAAACAAGCAUGGCAACAUUUGGAUGAUUUCUGCGAAUUACCAGCUGACGUAAAGCAACAUUACAUAAAAGGAGUAAAUGAAUGUAAUGGCUACACCGAACCAGGCCAAGAGUUGACGAAUGAGACUGAUCCUGAGCCAGAAUUGCGACAUGCUUUCAACAUUUGUACUAUAAAUGCCAGAAACUUACCAGAAGAACCAUUACCUGGGUUUUCUGAUCAAAUUGCAGGAUUGGCAAAAGACUUCAAAGCUCUUGCUGGUUUUGUAUUACAAUCAUUAGCUAUUGGUUUAGAACUUCCCCAAUCUUUCUUCCUCGAAAAUCAUUCGCGGAUGCUGGAUGGAGACCUUGAUAAUGUUUCACUUCUACGAUUGUUAUACUACCCUCCCGUCGUCGAAGAUGAUAACAAAUGUGAAGUAAUGAAAGGUCAAUGUAAAUACAGCUACCAGCGCUGUGCAUCAGACAAUCCCGACUUCCAAUUCCAUGAUGAUAUUCGAUCAGAAGACGAUGAACUUGCUGCUGGAAAUUCAGGACUGGCAAAUGGCUCUAAGCGAACUGACAGAGACACAUUUACGUUACUCGCACAAGACUCAGAAGGUGGAUUGGAAGUGAAAUUGCCUGAAAGUUCGAAAUGGAAACGAGUUGGCCAUCUACCAGGAGCUAUUCUCAUUAUUUCAGGCGAAAUUUUAUCUGUAUGGACUGAUGCAAAGUAUGCAGCUGUGAGUCAUCGAGUUGUAGUGCCAGAACAAGAAUCAUUAAAGUCUCACGGACGACAUUCCAUUGCAUUUUUCUGCCAUCCAGAUAAUCUUACGUCAAUUUCAUCUGCCGACUUACCUAAUCAUUCCUCAGAUCAAGAAAAUGAUUCAAAAAAGAAGCGGAAGAAGUCAUUUAAAAUUGCAAAAGACAAGGUUUACAGUGCCUACCAAUCGAUAAAAGAGCGUUUUAAGGAGAAAAAUGGCUCGUAAUGGACACUUUGAAAGUGUACUUAAUAAAGUAAAUUACUUUUAAGACAGUAAUUAUUUCAACCAUAUAUCAAUAAAUAUGAAAGAUAUAUUUUGAAAA